UGGUCCCCACAAAGUAGGAUAAACAAGGACAAGCACACCCAUGCGUGUGUAUUUACGUGUGUGUGUGUACACAAACUUGGCGCACUACUUUUUCUGUUCGCUCUCCACAGUGCUCCGCUUGUUCCAGACAGACUCAGGAGGACUACUUUAAACUCCAACCCCGCCCCCUGACCACGUCCUCGUACCCCUAAAGGAACAACGAGACUUCAGUACGAGGAUUUGGGUGAUUUCUAAAUAAUUCUGCGCCGUUUUCCUUCUGCGUUUGGAAAAUAUGCAGUUGUAAGGUACGACUGGUGAAGUGAUCCAACAUCCGCCUGGCUUUACGUGUCGGCAGUUUGAAGCGCUGAGCUGCUCUGGAGAUGCACUGGCUCCCUCUCUGAUGACACCAUGAGAACCCACACCCGCGGAGCCCCCACAGUUUUUUUUUUAACUCUUCUAUGUCCUACUCUGACCCAAGCCCUGAUUGAACCAGACCCCAGUGGUGGCAUCUCAUUUAUGGGGGGGAACUACAAUGGUCAUCCCAUGUUGUAUUUCAACAAGGAAGAUGUAGAGCACCUCCAGAGUUUGGCUGCCAGCACCCACCGUGACAUUGCGCGGAGGAUCCGUGAGGCCGGGGAGACCAUGAUGGAGCACAGUCAGGAAUACCUUCCUCCCUGGAGCCCAGCAGAGUUCAGUGCCCGGUGGAAUGAAGUCUAUGGAAACAACCUAGGUGUGCUGUCCAUGUUCUGCCUGCUCUAUCCACACCGGGCUGGAGCUCUGGAUUUUGCUAAGGAAUACAUGGAGAGGAUGGCCGCCCAACCUACUUGGUUGGUAAGAGAUGCUCCUUGGGAUGAGGUUCCUGUAGCCCACUCUUUGGUGGGCUUUGCCACUGCAUAUGACUUCCUACAUGAGUAUCUGAACAAAGAUCAGCAGGAGCGUUUCCUGCAGGUGAUUGGUAAUGUCUCACGGCUCAUGUAUGAUAAGUCCUAUGUGCGAGGAUGGGGGUUCCAGUACUUGCACAACCACCAACCCACCAACUGUGUGGCCCUACUCACGGGAAGCCUGGUUUAUAUGAUCCAAGGUUACCUUCAGGAGAGCUACCUUUGGACCAAGCAAGUGCUUUCCAUUAUGGAGAAGUCCAUGAUCCUCCUGCGGGAUGUGACAGACGGCUCACUCUACGAGGGAGUGGCCUACGGGACAUAUACCACUCGCUCACUCUUCCAAUACAUGUUCCUGGUCCAACGCCACCUGUCCAUCGGUCACUUCAACCACCCCUGGCUUCUCAAACACUUUGCCUUCAUGUACCGUACGAUUCUACCAGGGUUUCGGAGGACAGUUGCUAUCGCCGACUCCAACUAUAACUGGUUUUAUGGGCCCGAGAGCCAGCUGGUCUUCCUGGAUCGUUAUGUGUUACGUAAUGGCAGCGGAAACUGGCUUGCUGGGCAGAUUCAUCAAAACCGAGUGGUGGAUGGGCCUGGCCAGGCAGGUCGAGGUCAACGGUGGUGUACUUUGCACACAGAGUUCAUUUGGUAUGACCCGGACCUGAUCCCAAAGCCCCCAUCAGAUUUUGGAACCCCCAAAUUGCAUUUUUUCGAUGACUGGGGUGUGGUCACCUAUGGCAGCGCAUUACCUGCAGACACCAACAGUUCCUUUUUGUCCUUUAAGUCCGGGAAGCUUGGAGGCCGGGCAAUCUUCAAUAUGGUCCAUAAGAGCAAGUACAAAGAGUGGAUCCAAGGCUGGAGGAACUUUAAUGCUGGACAUGAGCACCCAGACCAGAACUCUUUUACCUUUGCACCCAAUGGUGUCCCAUUCAUCACCGAGGCUCUAUACGGACCUAAGUACUCUCUUUUAAACAAUGUGGUUUUGUUUGGACCCACCCUCUCAGGGAGCUGCUUCAAGCCGUGGGCAGGUCAGGUGACUGAGGCCUGUGACUCCAAAUGGUUAAAGUAUAAGAUGGGUUUGGCAGCUGACGCUCAUGGCACGGUGGAAGCUGCAAUGGAGCGCCAGGGUAUGGUCUUCAUCCGGGGGGAAGGUAGAUUUGCUUAUAACCCAGAUAUGAAGAUACGCAACUUCCAAAGGAACCUGUUGCUCCUUCAUCCACAGCUCUUGCUGGUGGUGGAUCAUAUUCACUUGGACCUGGACAGUCCUGUCAGUGCAAUGAGUGCAUUUUUCCACAAUACAGAGUUGCCUUUCCAUGACACAAAGGCAGAUGGUGUCAAUGGAGCAUUUGUGUCCCAUGGGAAAGACCAAUAUAAAAUGUUCUGGAUGGAUGAGACGGGUUACAGUAACAGAGGGAUGGCAGGGUACUGGCACUACCCCCGUGGGUACCCUUAUAAUGGGUCUAAUUACAUAAAUGUCACGAUGCCCUUGAGGUAUCCUAACACACGAGCAGCCUACAUUUUCUUUGGUCCGGGAGUGGAUGUACAAAGCUUCAGUCUGAGUGGCAAUGAUCAGAGAGUAGACAUCUACUUGUCUACAAAAGACCACAGCUAUACUGUUUACCUGCUGACAUCUGAGGUCACCAGCAAGUCUUUAUUUUCAAUGGUACUGAUGGACCAGAAGAAGAUUGUUUUCGAGAAAGGAGCAGCGAUGAUGGACAGUCCUCCAAAUGAGGUGGAGGAAUAUGUCAACGUCAUGGAAGACAACCUGCAGCAUGUCAAGCCUGUUUUCCAGCAGAUGGAAAGACAUAUUCUUAGCCGGGUCCUCAACACUGCCAGCUUUAGGAAGACUGCAGAACGGCUUCUCCAGUUCUCUGACAAGAAGAAGACAGGCGAGGUGAUAGAAAAAAUGUUUGCCAUGUCCAGGCAGCAGGGAAAUGUGAAAGCAGGGAAAAAGCUGAACCUUGUUGAGAAUUUGCCAGAUAUUUUUGCGCAGAUAGAAGUGACUGAGAGGAAACAGAGACAGAGGGCACCCAAAAUUGUUUAUGAGGACACUCCAGAGGAGAUGGACGCGGAAUCCCAAGCGUUUAUAGAUUACUCUGAGGGGCAUAUUAACAGGAAGGGUCGUUUAGUCAGGGGGCGUCAAUAUAAAGAAGUGAACAUGGUGGCCACUGCUGGAAGUGAAGGUUUGGCUCUUACAGGGUCAUACAUUCGCCUAUUCCUACUGCUGAACACUGGAACUUUCUUCAUGCUGCUGGCCAUCUUGCUGAGUCGCUUCCAUGGGGGACGAAACAUCCAUACCCAGGGGUGGUUCUACUUUCUGCUGCUCAUGGACUUCUUAAUCUUAUUAUACCUCUUCUCCUCCUGCUCACACACACAGUGUUGACAUCCGUAAACUCCCAUCAAUAACCCAAUGUUAAAGACAGACAUUGCAGCAGCACUAGUGUGGACCAGAAACUGCCUUCUUCAGCUCAGCAAUGAAAUAUUUUCCACUUUUGAGAGGUAAAUGAGAAUUUAAAAAAUAAAUAAAAGCGUCUACCAAAAAAGAGAGUAACUUUAAGUAAUAUAGGCAACUAGUAAUUAUUACCCUGAAUGUUGUUAAAAUGUCUUGAUUAUUCACCAUAAACAUUGUAAAUGUGUCUCCUAAGUAAUAAACUUG